AUGUGGGGGACAGCCUCGCGGCCGAUGCUUUCUCCCUGCAUUCGCCUUGCAGUCUCUCACCACCCCGUCCGCGCCAGCAUCUCCGCAAGUAGAAGAAGCAUGACCUCUCAGCCCUCUCCGCCGCCAUGGCUCUCUUCGUUACUUGGAGAGAACAAUCCAGCGCCAAAGCUCUACGCAUGGACCCCCGCACAUCUCGGCCUCACCACCGCUUCGCCCUCUUCGUCCGCGCCGUCUGCCCGGCCUGCCGACGACGCCGACCGCCGCUUAUACAUCCUCGGCCUCGGCAACCUCGGCCGCAUGUACGCUCUCUACAUUCGCACUCGCGCCGAUCCGCCUCCCAUCACGCUCAUCGUGCACCGCAAAGAGCUGCUUUCUCAAUGGCACAAAAGCAAAGGUAUCGAAAUCGCCUGCAGGGACCAGGUCCACACAUGCAAGGACUUUGAUAUUGAGUGGUGGACGGAGGAGAAGCCGCCCGAGAUCGGCAGCGCCGCGCCCGUCCGCGAAGCCGCCGACGGGGGCACCAUUCACAAUCUCCUCGUCACCACCAAGGCGCAGGCCGCGCUGCCCGAGGUCGACCGCAUGCGGCGCUACCUAGACGCGCAGUCAACCGUGGCCUUUGCACAGAACGGCAUGUCCAAGCUGUGGCCGCCGCACGGGGCCUCCUACAUGGCCGCACGCUUCCCCCCAGACGGCGCCGCCGGCUUCCACGCGCUUCUCUGCGUCACCAACCACGGGCUUUACUCUACUGGUCCCUUUCGCAGCGUCUUUGCCUCACCCGCCGACGCCUACCUCGGCCCCGUCGUAACGUCUGGCACCACAUCCGCACUCGCAUCCGCAGCCCCCAGCAGCGCCGCGUACCUCACCGCGCAAGUGGUCGACACGGAAACCCUCGCCGCCCGCGCCUUUAGCAGCCUCGAUGUGUGGGUGCUGCAGCUCGAAAAGCUCGUCGUCAACACAUGCAUCAACCCGCUGUCCGCCAUCCUGCGGUGCAAGACCGGUCGUCUCUUUGCCAGCGACUCCGCCUUGCGCGUCAUGGAUCUCAUGCUUGCCGCCUCCAGCCGCAUCCUUCAAGCCCUCGUCGCGGACUCCAGCAGCGCCGCCAUUCUCGCGUCCGAUACGCAAGCCGGCCGCAGCGUCGGGGCGCUGCGCGCAGAGCUCGCGGCGCGAUUCGCCCAGCCGCGGCUGCGCGCCAUGCUGCACCGCGUCGGUGCACUUGUUCAGGACAAUAAGAGCUCCAUGCUGCAGGAUGUCGAGGCUGGGAAAGCCACAACCGAGAUUCGCGACUUCAACGGCUGGCUCGUCGACGCGGCAGCGUACCUCGGUGACGACGGCAUCGACGUCAGCGUGCACGAGCAGGUGAUUGACCUGGUCGAGCGACGCGUGGUGAUGAAUGAGGAGCAGCUCGCGGAGCAUUUUUUGGCAACGUAG